CUCUCUGUCUGUGUCUCCCCGGCCGGAGCCAUGGCCCCUUCUCCGCUUCUCCUGCUCCCUCCUCGGCGCCUCUGGGUCCACUGCGCCCGCUUCUGCUCCGGGGCGGCCUCCGAGGCCCCCUCGGCCUCCCCCCCGCCGCCCCGCCCGCCCUACGGCAGCGGCCGCAAAGAGCCCGCUUCCCGCGCCUACUCCAGCAGCGCCCCGGCCCCCUCCAGCGCGGAUAACAAGAGCUUCCUCUGGGCGCGCUAUGGGGAGAUGAAGCGCCUGGUGCAAGAUUUGCUCCCGCCAGGCGUCUGCAAUCUUCUGAACCCCUCGACCAUCUAUGCCAACAAUGAGAUCUCACUGAAUACUAUUGAGGUCUAUGGCUUUGACUAUGACUACACUCUGGCAUUGUACUCUCCUGCCCUCCAUUCCCGCAUCUAUAACACUGCCCGAGACAUCCUUGUGGAGCAGUAUAAGUAUCCAAAGGGCAUCUUGGAGUACGAAUACUGGCCCACUUUUGCCAUUCGAGGUUUGCACUACGACAUUGCGAAGGGUUUGCUCAUGAAGAUAGAUGCCUUUCACUACAUCCAACUGGGCACUGUGUACAGGGGUUUGAAACCUGUUCCAGAUGAUGAAGUGUUGGAGAUGUAUGACGGUACCCAUCACAUCCCGCUGCAUCAGGCGAGUGGCUUCUACGGAAAGGGUCCAGCCAUAAAGCAAUUUAUGGACAUCUUUUCUCUGUCUGAAAUGACCCUCCUGGCCGUAGCCAAUGACUUCUUCAUCAGCAACGACAUUGAUUAUGAUCCAAUCCAUCUCUACAAAGAUGUGACGGAUGCCAUCCGGGAUGUUCACAUCAAAGGUUUUAUGUACAAGUGGAUUAUGCAAGAUUUGGAGAAGUACAUUCUGCGUGGGGAUGAGACCUAUGCUGUGCUGCACCGCCUGGCCAAAAGUGGCAAGAAGCUCUUCCUCAUCACCAACAGCCCUUUCAGCUUUGUGGAUAAAGGGAUGCGGUACAUGGUGGGUAAAGACUGGCGGGACUUCUUUGACGUCGUCAUCGUCCAAGCGGACAAGCCUCAUUUCUUCAAUGAUUGUGUCAAACCUUUCCGUAGACUGGACGGCAAUGGGGACUUGCAGUGGGACAAAAUAAGUAGGCUGGAGAAAGGACAGGUGUAUAAACAGGGCAAUCUCUUUGAUUUCCUUCGGCUGACAGGCUGGCGUGGAUCUAAAGUCCUCUACUUUGGCGACCAUCUUUACAGUGAUUUGGCGGAUCUGAUGCUGCGGCAUGGCUGGAGGACAGGGGCCAUAGUUCCUGAGCUGGAAACGGAGACAAAAAUGGUGAACACUGAGCAGUACUCGCAAGCGCUCACAUGGCUGCAAGCCUUAACUGGAUUAUUGGAGCGUAUGCAGAUGUUCCAGGAUCCAGAAUCCCAGCAGGUGCUGCAGGACUGGAUGAAGGAGAGACAGGAACUCAGGGCACUCACCAAGAACCUCUUCAACCCUCAGUUUGGAAGCAUUUUCCGCACGUGCCACAACCCCACGUAUUUCUCCAGGCGCCUGUGCCGAUUUUCGGACAUCUACAUGGCCUCGCUCAGCUGCUUACUCAACUACGACCUCAACUACACCUUUUACCCGAGACGCACCCCGUUGCAGCAUGAGGCGCCCCUGUGGAUGGACCAGCUCUGCACCGGCUGCAUGAAGACUCCCUUUCUGGAGGAGAUGGCACACAUCCGCUAAGGACCUUGGAACCAGCGGAGGUCUUGCCUCCCUGUCUCUCACCUCCUAAGGGCUGUGGCGUAUGGACUGCGGCCUUUCGUGGCUGUUUUUCUUAAACUGGAUUGCCCGUCCUUUGUGGUGCAUGUGUGUCAAAUUUCCAAAAGUAGAGUGCCUGCUAGGAAUUUCUCAACUGUUUUCCAAAUGUCCCAACCGUACACAUGUUGACAUAGGAAGUGCUUGGUUGGCGUACAGACCAGGAUCCAAGCAUCUUCCAUAUUCUUUCCAAGAGCUCCAUCAAGCUUGGGGCCAGUGUGAAAUUGAUCUGUGGCCUCUUAGUAGGGAGUGGUCUGUCUUAUGUAUUUCACAGUCAUGAGAAGCAGUCCUUUGCAUUGGACUUGUGUCCAUUUCUCUUGAGGUGGGGGAGCAUCACCCUGACAGCACACAUUCAGAUCUACUUGGUUUUGUCACUCCAGCCAGCAGGCAUCUCAGCUACUUCUCUCCCCGCACAAGAUCUACAGGUGCUUUGUAUUGUUUGAAGUUUACAUCCCCCAACAUACUGUUGGGUUCUGGGUUUUUCUCUCCCUUCCCCUUGCUUGCCACAAAAAAGUACAGGGUAGCUAUGGUGAAGGGAGGUUUGGGGAGGGAAAAUCUUGUCCCCCGGUGAAGUGGUAGGGACAAGAGGUGCUAUGGGGUGGGAAGUGGGCCUUUAACUGAUAACUGGAAUUUUGUAAUUUUCAAUAAAGUCUUUCUGAAAUAUUCA